AUGCGACACAGCGCCUGUCAUCUCCCAAAUGGCAUGACAUUCAGUGUGUCGCCUGUCUUUGGUGGAGUCACCUUCAAAUCCAACGAUUUGAAUGUUCACAACUCCACUUUCCCGCCGGGAUGGACGAUCAUCAUCCACAGCGAAAAAAAUGCCAAGCAGUCACAGGAAGAACGAGGUCGGACGGGCUCAGAGGGUGGACGUCCAUCUUCUAGCGAUGGCGACCAGGAUAUCGCCCGAUUUACCACUCCGACCUUGGGCCGUGAUUGCCUAUACAUCUCAUACAUCGUGAGUCCGCCGUCUAGCGAGUUCAAACCGGCUUCUUCGCCCACCCGCCAAAUUGCUAUGAUGCUCUGGGCGACCUUGUGGUGGUACUUUCAUGAGCCCGAGCCCGAUCUCCACUUGGUCACUGCGGCAUGCAACGUGACCCCGCACGAUGGACGACCAAAGGGCGAAUGGAGGGUGAACAUUAAACGCGAGGGUAUUUUUAAGGGCCGAAAUCUCCUUCAAAAGCUGGAGCGCAUGGGCUUAAUUGCGAGCGAGGACUCCUCCGUUGGGCUGCAGCCCGUUGAAACACGGGACUCGGGCAGCUGGUCGAACAUGUUCGUGAGCCGACGAAGCUUCUGGCAGCUAGACCCGCGUCUUUUUCUCUUCACGCUGACUCCGCGGGGGGCACCACCGUCCCCCUCUCUGACCCCGUUCCACUCCCGACAUGCUUCUCCAGCACGGGAUGGCAUCCCCGCCUCGGCGAUACUGUCGCCUACGGAGGCAACGUUCCAUACCGGCAACCUGAGCCCUUUCACAUCAGCUGGACCAUUCACAUCUGGCAGCCAUCUACCAACGUAUUACCCACCUGCACCCACGCAGUAUAGAUUUACUAAUGGGGUCCGGCACCCGGUCCGCCCAAAGCCACCGCAUCAAGGGGAAAUAUUCUAUUCGCGGUAUAUCCCCAGUGUGGCACAAUAUCUCUCCUUCCGAAUCCCUUUCCUACCAAUGACAAAGCCCAAAGUGGCACCUGGUGGCAGUGAGAGCCGACCCUCCACACCAAAUAAGCUAGUUAGCUCGGCCGUGACGGGUGUCGAGCAGCAUCUUUUCCAGGAUAUUCCGUCUGAUCUGGAUACCUUGCAUAAGUGGAUGAAUGAUCCACGCGUCGAAGCGAUGUGGGGAGUUGGAGGUCCCAAGGAAGUGCAGGAAAAGUUUCUCAUGAAUAACCUGACGAGUCGACACAGCUUCCCCGUCAUUGGGUGUUGGGACGGCAGACCAUUCGGCUACUUCGAGCUCUACUGGGUAAAAGAGGAUCCGCUGGGUCGCUUGUUGGAUUGUGUGGAUAAUUAUGAUCGGGGUAUUCACCUCCUUGUCGGCGAGCAAGAGUUCCGAGGACCGCACCGAGUGGCGAUCUGGUUGACUGCUCUGGUGCACUAUUGCUUUUUGAAUGACCUGAGAACGAAUUCGGUUGUUCUAGAGCCGCGAAUUGACAAUUUAAAGCUUAUCGGAUACCUGCAGCAAGUUGGCUUUCAUAAAGAAGGGGAGGUCAGCUUCCCGCACAAACAGUCCGCCGUGAUGAGGAUCAAGCGCGACACAUGGGAGGUGCCGGCUCUUUAA